CCUUCAGAAAGGAUGGUAGGUGUGAAGCAUGAAGAGGAUUGUGGCAAUGAAUAUGUCAUGGUAAUCAAGCAUGAAGAUGCCAGCAUGGGAGAACCUCUUCUUCCAAAGCAUGCUUAUAAUGAUGAUGUGUCCAAAACCAACUUUCAAGGUGCUUCCAUGGCUAGAACUUGUCUCAAUUUGGCCAAUGCUAUGUCAGGAGUUGGAGUGCUAUCAAUGCCAUAUGCACUCUCACAAGGAGGGUGGUUAAGCAUGGCAGUGUUUUUCAUGGUAGCAGGGAUAUGCUGCUACACAGGAAUACUCAUUCAACAUUGCAUGGAAUCCUCACAAAGAAUCAAGACCUAUCCAGACAUUGGCCAACAUGCUUUUGGAAACAAAGGGAGAAUAACCAUUGCCUGUUUCCUCUAUCUAGAGCUAUACCUUGUUGCUGUUAGUUUUCUAAUACUUGAAGGUGAUAACCUGAACAAGCUUUUCCCAGACUUGAUCAGUUUAACAAUAUUAGGAUUUACCAUCCAAGGGAAACAGAUGUUUGUGAUCCUAGCUGGUUUGGUUGUCUUGCCUACUACUUGGUUGAGAAAUUUGGGUGUGCUUGCAUAUAUUUCAGUGGGAGGUGUUUUGGCUUCAAUGGUUUUGCUGGGUUGUUUGUUGUGGAGUGGGUUGACAGAUGUUGGAUUUCAUGAAAGUGGGAGAUUGUUCAACCUCAGCGCCAUGCCGACUGUUUUAGGGUUGUUCUUUGUGUGUUUCACGGGCCAUGCUGUUUUCCCAACACUUCAUACUUCCAUGAGAGAUGGAUCUCAAUUCUCCAAGGUUCUACUUAUAUCCUUCACUCUUUGUACGAUGAUUUAUGGACCAAUGGCAAUAUUCGGCUACCUCAUGUUUGGAGAUAAUUUAGAGUCACAAGUUACAUUGAAUUUUCCUAGUGGGAAAAUAUAUACAAAGAUUGCAAUUUACACAACAAUAGUGAAUCCUUUGACAAAAUAUGCGUUAACAACUACACCAAUUGCAACAGCUAUUGAAGAAUCUCUUGGAUGGAAUACAAAUAGAUCAACCAGUAUUUUCAUUAGAUCUUUAUUGCUAAUAAGCAUAAUGUUGAUUGCAUUAACAGUACCAUUCUUCGGGUAUCUCAUGGCUUUUAUUGGUUCUUUUUUGAGUGUUACGGUUUCAGUGAUAAUACCAUGUAUUUGCUACAUCAAGAUAUACCAAAAUUUUAGAAAAAAUUGGCUUCAUAAGAGUAUCAUUAUAGGGAUUAUUUUGUUUGGGUUUAUAGUUGCUUUAGUUGGUACCUAUACUUCGAUGGUUGAUAUUAUUAAUAGUUUGUAAUUUUUAUGGUCAACUAUGUGUCAUAUUUCUUGUAAUAUAAAC